CCAUAGUUCUCUUGUUCGUUAAAACUCAUCCUAGAGCCUUUUGGUGGGUAAGGUGACAAAUACGUUUCUGCCUUUGGAGUUAACUGACUUUUUAAAGAUUUUUUUUUAAUGGGGUUGUAGCUUUGGUACAGAUUUUUAACUGCUGUCUGACCAGCGCCGGGAGAACUCAUUAGAGGAAGAGAAUAAAAAGUUGUAUCUUUAAAGUUUAUGGGCAGGUUCCCUGGCUUGCUUUGUGAGUUACACCAGGUGCUUGAAGAAAGAGCUCAUCUGUGGAAUCUACACAUCAUAUAGGAAACCUGAGUAGGGCAGGGGGCUGGAUGGUUCUGGUCUGUUUGUUACAACUGGGGGGCAAGAGGUAGGCCCAGGAGACCUGAGCUUUGGUGAACUUCUGGCCAGCGUCGUGAGGUUUUAGAUAGCCAUGAUUGGCACCGAGCCUUUAGUCACAUGUCUGAAAGAGAUAUGCGUGUCCUACCAAGAGCCCCAGCCUAGGUUGGUUAACUUGGGAAUGCUCUGAAACUUGUAGUGUAUACUGGGAUAUUUCCAUCCUAUGGAACCCAAGGCCGAAAUAAGUAGUUGUGAUUUUUCAGCCAAAAUAGAAUGCAGUGUGAAGACAGACUUGAAUGCUGGCUAACGCUUUUUCUUAGGAAGCUUGAAAGAAUGAAACGUUCUUCUAGAGACACUUCUACAGGACUAAAUGAGGGGGUGUCUUAAGAAUACGCCCUCUACUUGGUUUUAAUGGGAUGCUCUUUAAUUGUUACUCAACAGUUUUUUCUGUUGUCCUUUGUAUGUACUUUACUUAGAAUCAUUAAAGUCCUUCCUCCCCACCUGUCUGAUUCUAGCAGCUGAGGGGAUUAGUUCAGCUGCCAGGCCAGAAAGGAGGUGGGUGCCCUGAUCUGGGGAAUGGGCAGUAGGGGGAAGGAAUGGUCUUUCAGGGUGUGCAACUCAGGGCUAAACCAGAGUUAAAUUGAUGUUUUGCAAAUGUGGAGGCUGCAAUUUACAUGAAUUUAGAAAUUCUGGCUGCAGCUUUAACAUUUCUUAUUUCUAAAACAGUCCUUAGUAUUAUAAGUAACUCUGAGCCUACACGUUAGGUAUGGAAGGUAUGCCCAUGUGUCUGUGACUGUGAUUAACCUUACUGGAGUGAAUUAAGACAGUAAGUCAGGGCAUGUUACGGUAUAAAAGCAAGUGAUGUGGACCUUAAUCGUACCAUUAGGUCCAGUAAAAUAUUCCAUAUUUUAGAUUCCAGUUAGCAUGUUUGGAAGUACUUGCAUUACAAUUAGAAGGCUUUGGCUACCAAUUCUCCCAGAAAGACUGGUCCAGCCACCCACCUCCUUGUCCUGUAAGAACGUGGGAAUAAACUGGUUGAGUGACUUGUGAGAUUGGGUGCUGUGGACUGAUUUGUUAUUAUUUCGUCACCCAGGUAUUUGUCGUUUGCUUAUUCUUUGAUUUAAUAGUGUUGUCUCAAGUGGCAGAGCCUCCCUCCCUUUAGGAAUCUUUUCAAUGCCAAGCAGUGGCCUUUUUAGGUGGAGUCACAUGCUUGCCUACAUCAAGGGGUAGGAGCCUGUGUAUUUUUAUUAUUACUAUAAUUUGUAAUUAUCUUCUAAAGUGUUGUUAGAUUCAUGAUGUAAUUCCUACCCUGCCCCUCCUUGGGUCCUAAUUAAUUUGAGUUACUGUGUCCGAAGAACCAAUCUUACUGAAACUGGGGAAGAGUGUGGUUGUAUACACCACUUCUGGUUGAGACUUGGUGUUCAAUAUUUGGUAUUGAAUGUUGAAGAGUUUCAGGUAUAAUAGAACUGAGUUAGGAUAGGUAUAUCAUUUCUAAGAUUCCAACAUAAUCAGAUCCCACUCUUGGCUUAGCAGAAGCCUAAAGGUAUGUAAAAGAUACUCCUCUCUCCCUUAUUUAGACUCCUCGUUGUUAACACUGCUCAGGUGUGGUAGCUUAUCUUUAAUCCUGGCAGAGAUAGAGGCGGGCUACACAGUGAGGCCCUGUCUAAAAACAAUAUUAGGAAUCUGUCGAUUUUGUGAAGGAACAAGGAAGAAGGCAUGUUCUCAAUCCACUCCAGUUUGGUGGGUAGUGACAUGAGCUAUAUUUAGGAAGCUGAGGCAGGAGAACUGUAAAUUAAAGGCCAGCCUAAGGGUGGGACCUCUCAAAGAGAGGGCUAUGGUUAUAGUAAUUUUGCCUGUCGUGUGUGAAGCACUAGGCUUAAUCCCCAGUAACAGAAGGAGGGUGUGGGCCUAUGCUCCCCAUUUAGACAUGAGCUAGUCUUACACUAUUUGCCCCACCUUAAAAUAGUUGGUUUAUUUUUGUAGAACUUGGGAAAUGUGGGAAACGAAGAGGUCGUCCACUUAAUCACUGAAAUAUGUACAGGGAAAGUUGAUACUGCUUGUCACUCUUUUCUAAUCCAGUGUGGUGACCUUCGUUCUCAGAUUCAAACCUCCAUUGUUUCCUUUGAGCAUGUUACCAACUUGGGCUGCACAAACUCACCUUUUCCCUCCCCUCCCUUUAUCUCCUUUUUUAUUUUGGUUUUUAUUUUUGCUUUUCUCCAGCUGUGCUUCCUAUGUCUUCAGCCCUGAAUGCUACUGCUGCUUUAGGGCAGCCUGGACCUCCCCUUCCUUGCUCCCUGGCCUCCCAACAGAGCCCUCUAGUAACUGCUAAUCAGCCUUCCCCGUUCCCUUCGCCUAGUGUUUCCUCAGCCCCUUUUGAAAUCCCUUUUCCCCAGCCCUCUUGUGAUACUGAACCUCUGGGAGCUGCCCCUCACCCUCCAGCUUUCCUGCCACACCUGAUAGGGCCUCCCAUCUCCCCCGCUGCCCUAGCUUUGGCCUCUCCCGUGAUAGGUCCAGCUCAGAAAGGUGCCCGGUCCUCUUCAGCCCCCUUGUCUCUGGUUGCGGUGGCUCCACACUCGGUUCAGAAGAGUUCUGUAUCUGCUUCCGCUAGUCAAGUUCCCUGUCAGGUAUUCCCAAAUCUGAAAGACACUGCCCCAAGUCCUCCAGAUGUCGUCGGUGUUUUUCCUUCCUCCCCUGAAACCUCCCUGGCCUAUGUUCCACCUGGAUUAGCACCCUGUCCUCAGACACUAUCCAUCACUCCUACUGUCACUUCUCCAGUCAAGGGCAUCCCCAUUUCCUCAGCCCCGAUGCCACAAAAUGUGCUGAGCCUUAACCUAAAGAGACCUGUUGGUUCCCUUGCUCAAAGCACUGUGGCUCCCAACGUCCUCCCGGGGAGCCCCCCCUUCUCCGGGCUCACAGCUUCCACCUUCACGUUGCAGUUCUUCGGGAUCUCCUUCCCCUGCCCAGCCUUUGCCUCAGUCAGGCCCUCCAGUGAGCACUGCCAUUUCUGUAGAUGGUUCUACCGCUGA